UUGCUAGUAAAAUAUUACUAAGUCACUAUAUAUAAUAAAUAUAAUUAUAUAUAUAUUUAAUUAUAUUAUCAGUGCUUCUUUUGUAAAAAAAAAUAGGUGCCGGUAUACUCAGUGAUUGGGUGCCAGUACUAAAUGAUGGAUUGCCAAACUUUUAACUACUAAUAAAUUAAUACCUUUUUUUUACCUAUCCCUUAGACUUAGUCUGUUGGACCGUUGGGGCACCAAGCAAGAUUUGUCAACCGUCUUUCACCAUUUCUCCCUGUUUUUUUGCCUUGUUUAAAACCUCUAUCAAUGGUAGGCCUGUCCAUCGCUUUCUCUGUCUGCCUCUUCUUCUUUUUCCUGGUACUGUUCCCUGAAGGAAGGUCUUUGCGAGCCCCGUGAAUCUUGUAAUAUGGCCAUAUAUUUUAAGCUUGUGUUUCUUUACAAUAGUUAGCAGGUCAUCAUGGGGUCCGAUCGCUGCAGUAACCCUGUCUCUAAUCUCUUGGUUUGUUAUGCGGUCUUGGAAAGUGAUGCCUAGGAUCUCUCUGUAGCAUCUCUUUCCAUUGCUAGGAUCCUCCUCUCUAGCUCUGCAGUCAGCAUCCAAGACUUGCAAGCAUAUAAAAAUGUGGCCAUGACCAGGGAGCGCAUCAGUCUACAUACAAGAAAAAUGGCGUCAAAACUAAAAGCCAACUAUCACAUUCCAUUAUGUGAAAGAGAAUCUCACUUAAAAUGGAUUAAUGAAUUGAGUAAAAGGUUAAAAGCUAAACAAGAAACAUGCAUUGAAAAAUACCCUUUGAAUGGACCUUUUCCGUCUUGGUUCUUAGAGGGAUUGAACAACUGUGAUUUUACUAUUAUACAUAUUUGUACAAAACUAGAAAAUAAAAUUGAAGAAUGUAAACAGGAGCUAUCCAAAAAUUUAAAGAAACUCAUACUAAUUAAGUUCAACGAUCACCAUACAAAAGCCUUUACAGAGCUUAAGGAAAAGUUUACUGUAUCUCAUAUCAUAGAUGAUGUGGCAUUAGAGAAUUUUAUUGACCAGCUUGUUGCAACCAAGGACAAAAGUGCAGAUGGACUUAAGUCUGAAAAUACAGAAAAAUUUGACAUCCCUUUGAGUUCUUUAAAGUAUGUAGAGCUCAAAGAUUCUGACAAAUUUGUUCAGUAUCCUGAUUUCUUUGAUCGUCCUAAUGACUUUCAACCUUUUAUCAAAGAGUGUUUUCUUACCUCUGAAAAGGUCUUAGAAAAAUCUAAUAUGGAAAAUAGAAUCACCAAACUAAAUGCACUAACAAAGGAAAAUGAAAAUUUUGUUUAUGAAAUACAGUUUUUUAUGUUUAAGCUCCUACCAACAUUGUUUAGAGAACAGGAAGCUUAUGUUCUUGGCCAUAUAUCAGUGUGUCCCCAGCCUCUACUACAGAGUAAAUCUAUCAUCUUGGUGGAACUGAUUUUACUUACUGCUUCAUCCCAGGAUAAGGAAAGAUUGAGUCCUAAUAUUUUUAUCAAUCUUGAAAACAUCAUUUACCAAGCAUUGAGAAACCUUCAUAAAAAUGAACAAAAUGAUCACGUGGCAGAGACAAUCGCGGUCAUUGAACAGCUGAAAUAUUUCUAUUUUAUCAUCAUCUGUGAAUGGUUGUACAGUUGUAGUGAAGAUAAAAUGAAAUUAUUUGCCUUUCAUAUGAGCCGAACUGUUGCGAGCCGCUCAGUGUUUCCUGUUGCAAACAGUCUAAUAGAUUCAAGUUUUACAGACUUAAGAACCUUCAUUAGUGAAUUUAAACAAGAAAAAAAGUGUGUAACCUUGAAAAAAAGAACACGAAAAAUGUUAGAUUCAGAAAUAAGUCCACAAGAUCUGGCCAAAGUUUUGAGGAGAAGUUUUACGACUGAAAUGUUUUUAGUCUACUGUUUAGUGAAGAAAAUAUUUAAUUCCCAAGACCAAAAGGCUGUAGAGUUUUUUAAAAACUCAUUUGAUUUACAAGAUACAGAGAGACCAGCUUUGUCUGUUUCUUUAUUUGUACAUAGCAUCACAUUGUUUUUAUGUUUUGAAAUAAAGAAUGUUGAGUCUAAAGAUGGAGUUGUGAAUCUUUGCACUAGUUGUAUGGAGAUUGUUUUAAAGUAUAUGUCUAGCAAGAUGACUGACCUUCAACAGAUGCUUGUAUUUCACCAAAACCCAAUUAUAAGAAGAUCAGUUUUAAAUAAAUUGCCAGACUACGCAAAAAUAAUGCCAAUGAUAUAUACAGAAUUAAAGAAUCUGUUAGUCCCUGUUCUUGAAUUGGAUAGUAGUCAAAUGAAGCUGAUGAAGACCUUGUUGAUCCAACAUGCUGUACUCCAGCAAGAUGACCCAAAUCAAUUUGAAUCAACCAAUUGGCACUGUGGAGAGGCAAGACUUAAUGGGCACCAAGUUCUGUUGCAUGUACAUAAACCUUCUAAAACUGAUCACAUAGAGCGAAAUAAAAGUGAGUUUCACUUCCAUCAAGAUGUCUUUUACAAUGAACUGGAGAAAUUACAGAAGUUGAAGCAUGAGAAUAUUAUUCAACUCUUGGCAUUUCGUCAUCACUGCAUUCCUUCAUUUUAUAUUGUUGAAGAUUAUAAAGUGACAAACUUACAGGAAACAUUAAGAAACAUUAGAAAAAUUAAUGGAAGCCUUUACAGACCAGAUAUUCUUCAUAGUUUUGUUGUUGGUGCCCUGAUGGCAGUACAACAUUGCCAUGAGCUGGGUUUUGUUCAUAGAAAUCUUACAGCAGGAAGUUUGUUUAUUGUCGAAGAGAGAAAGGUUAAACUGUGUGGUUUUCACCUUUGUCUUGAGGUCAAGGAUGGCAAUAUAAGACCUGAUGACAAAAUGGAAAAACAUCGUUCACUUAGAUGGACAGCUCCUGAAUCUUUACACAAUUUUGAGUACAGCAAAGCCUCUGACAUGUGGAUGGUGGGACAUUUACUAAAUGAAAUUUUUACUCAUGGAAUGUUUCCUUAUGAAGAUUUUUUGACAAGUGAUGAAGAAGUGACUAGUUAUAUACAAGAGGAUGGCUCUAUACCAAUGGAGGCAUGUAUUCCUGAAAAGUUAUUUAAAUAUAUAAUAGAACCUUGUAACUCUAAGCUGCCGCAUGAGAGACCAACUGUGGCUAAUGUUAUUGAGAAACUGAAACGUGUGGACCCAGAGACUUUACAAUGGGAACUUUCUAACUCUGAAUCUCAAACAAAAACAAAAAUUGAAAAGGGUGCUCAAGCUACUAUUCACAAUCCUAAGUUUAUUGAAGAUAUCACUGGUGAUGAGGAUAAGAACUUGGACUUAGUUUCUAUAUCAGAAACAAUCACAAAGAUCAAAUUGACACACCAGCACAUCUUUAGAGAGAAACUCUCAGAGAGGGUUCCCCCAGAACUUUCUUCUCAAAUAGACAGCAAGCAACUUUAUGAUCUUAUUGGUGAUGUUCGCAUAGUACAGAAUAGGCAGGCCCAUCAUAUUGAAUGUAAUAUCCCAAGUUCUUGUUCAGGAAAUCUACUGGAUGUGGCUUUGAAAAAGUCCUUGGGUCAAGGUCCUCAAAACUAUUUACAAUGUAUCACAGUGCUAGGGUCAGUCUUGAUGAAACUUUGGAGUAACUCAUGGAUUAUAGGAGAUUUAGGAGCUGAUAAUGUUUAUGUGAACAAAGAACAUCAGAAUUAUAAGGUUUACUUGGUAUCAAUGUCAUACCUAAAACACCUAGAAAGUAAUCUGCACAUUAAAAAACAAAUUUCCCAUGAAGCUUCAACACUUAGCAGGGCAGCCCCUGAGGUUGUUAAAUCAAACGCAUUUACCUGUGAAAGUGAUGUCUAUUGUUUUGGUUAUUUGAUCUGGGAAAUAUUCACAGCACUGCACAAGGAUGGCACCAAGGUUGAAGAGUUUAGGAAGUUAACAUCUUUAGAUACAACAAAAGAAGAGGACAUUUAUAAGCAUGUAGCAUCAAGAACUAGAUUCUGUUUCCCUUCUUGUUGUGAUGAAAGAAGUACAGUUUACUGUUGUUCACAGGCUAUGAAACAGUUUAUUCUCACCUGUUGUCACAUUCAACAAACAAAACGUCCCAGAAAAAAUCUUGUUCAAAAAUUUAAAGAGAUCUGCAAAACUGAUUAUGAUUGCCAGUUCUCUGAGUAGCUAUGAAUACAUUCAUCAUUUUCUUAAUGGCAAUAAUUUGUGACAGAGUGUAAGAUGUACAUUGCCAUUAGCUCAAUCAAAGUAUGAUGUAUUGAGAUCUAACUCUAUUCAGAUAUAUAAAAGGCAGUUGCCUCCAGUUAUUUUCUUAUUAUAUCAUUGUACAUGACUGACUUGCUUAGUUGUUGACUUGUCGCUUUAAAUGCAUGAUGCAUGACAAAGUUCUGGUCAUUUGAACCAUCUAUAAUAACUGAAUGUUAAAAAAAAAUUUUCUCAUUGGAUUAGUUUCUACACUCUUAUUUUUAAUAUUAUAUUUUUUUUUAAAUGUCCGACUCAUGGAAUGGUAUGAAAAGGUAAAAAAAUCAAGCAUAUCAAUUAACUACAUGUGUUAAAAAACACACACACACACACACACAUACCUGUAUAUAAUAAUUGGAAGUCCUGAUGACUGACUCACUAAUAAUUCUACCACUUGUCAUGAACAUGUUUAUAAAAAUGUCAUCUGUUGUUACUGAAGUCUAGAACAACUAAGCAAAACGGCAGCAGUUAAAUUGACCAAAAACGAUUUUUUUUUAUUCAUAAUUUCAACCCAAUGUUUUUUAAAGCUCACAUAUAAAUAUCUAAAAUAAAGUAAAAAAUUAUAAUUUCACUUAUUAACACUUCUUUUGGUAUUUUAUUUUUGUUUAUUUCUAUUCAUGACUUUAUAAGGACAACUUAAGAAGACUAAACUACAAGUAACUAGGCCUCUAUUCUAAAUCAAGUGUAUCUGUUUUUAUCUAUCUAAAAUUAAAAGUUAAAAAAAAAAAAAGAUCACUGUGAAUAUAAGAGUUAAUAAGAGCCUAUUAAAACUGAGUGAUUUUAAAGUUUAGAUUUUUGAAUGACCAAAUAAAAUACAGAUAGUCAUGUGUAAAGAGUGAACUCAAUUGUGAAUUGUGUAAAGAGUGAACUCAAUUGUGAAUUGAGGAAUGCAAAAAAAAAUUCAUAGUUGGGGGUGUGGGCAUUCUAUUGGAGGAUGCCAAAACAUUAUGCCAUGUCAUUGAAAUCCUGACUGUUCCACUGAAUAUUAAAAAUGAUUCAGAUCAAACUAACCAGAAAUGUGUAUCCUUAUGUGUUUUUGGAGCUCAAAGGCAGCUGUUCCAUUGGAAGAUACAAUGGCCAAAAAGUGUGUUGUUGAAAAUAUUGGUAGGGGGGGAGGGGUUAUAAUGCAUUGCAAUGAAAAGGCUAGAACUGAUUGGCCUAAAAGAAGUGUUUGUGCAUACUCUUUAAUAGGAGGUAGUGGGUCAUUUGAUUAAAUGAUGAAAAAGACACACAAAAAAAGGGACUAAGAAUUUGAGUGCUUGAAAAUUGUGUUAGGGGUGGGGGACUACUGUAAUGCAGACCCUUUUAUUGAUGGGUUCAAAAGUAGUGUUAUGAGCAAUAUAUGCAUAUACCAACUAUUUCAACCAUAAUAUAGCAUAUGUAACAUCUAAUAUAACAUUAUUCUGUAAAUGAAAAUGCCAAGGACCCUAGAUUGAGCAAUAGUAUGUCAAACUCUGACCUAUUGCACUGUAACUGGGUUUACCUGAUUCCUUGAGAUACAAAUUUGACCUGGGUGUAAAUCUCAUUUUAUGGUGUGAAUGUUGAGUUCCAACUAUUUCUACCAGGAUUGAUCAGUGUUGUUUUGGUUUAGGAUAAAGAACAUUUUAUUUACAGUCAAAGAGGUGUUUUUAUUAACACAUUAUAGUGUAAUGUGUAUGCUUCAAAACUUUGUUCACCCUGUCAUGUGGGGACAUGUUAUGGAAUAUAGCCUACUCAGUAAAGGAGGUUCUUACAUACCUCAAACUCCACCCUAAUUCUAAUUAUUAUUUAAGCCAACUUUUAUUGAAAUUGUAGAAACAGUUCUGAUGGAUGGGCUUUAUAAACUUCUUUUUUUUUUUUUCAUAAAUAGUGUAAGUAUGUAAAUGUGUUCAGCUUGUAGCAUUUUUGUUUCUAGUUUAUUAUUUUGAUACUUAUAUGUAUAUAGUUACUUGGUGAGUACACAUUGUUAUUAAGUCUACUUGUGUAAAAUAUAAUAUUCUUUGAGCAUAAACGUACACUGGAAGCUAACUGGAAUUGUAAAAUUGAUGUAUAUUUUGUAAACUAAGACCAUGGUCAAUAAAAACAACAAAAAUGUG